UUUGAAUUUUUUGCAUACACUUGAAUUUGCUUUUUAAAGUUACAGGAGAAGACAAAAAAUAAAAAUAAAAAUUAGAUUAAAAGAGAAGAAGUGAUAAAAUUGACGAAAUCUCGAUUAGUGAACCUUAAUAAGUCCCAAUUAGCCCAAUAACAAUUUUUAGUUUUUACUUUUUUUUUGUUUUUUAUCUGUUACCAACCAGGGCCCAACAAAAUAUUAAGGCGGUUGGUUACUUAACACAACAUAACAGUAGUCCACAUCAACGAGACGCGUUGUAAGAGUCCUUGUCGAUUCUUCUGGAAGGUUCUGUCUUCUUCUUCAUCGGGAAAAUUUUAGAGUGGAUUAAUCGUUGAAGAUUCUCUGGCUUGGUCGGUGGUUUUGAUUUGAAUCUCGGUAGGGUAGGGUAGGUUACGUGCUUUUCUAUCGGGAUUUUUUGUUGCAUUAGAGAUGAAGUUAGAGAAGAGAUCUAAGUCCAGCAAGGAAGACGAUGCUGCUGCUUUGAACAAGAAGUAUCGUAGAGAUCGUGAUCGCGGUACGGAGCGGAAGAAGGAGAACAUUUCGGAGAAGAGACGGUCUGAGAGAGUUAGGAGAAGUGAUUCUCAAGAAGAAGAUGAGAGGAUACGGAGUCGGAGACGGAGAGAGAGGAGGGUUAGCGAUUCUGAAGAGGAGAGGGAUAAGAAACGCAGAGUGAAGGACAAGGAAAGAGGACACCGUGAACGUGAGAGAGAUAAGGGCAAAGAUAGGAAAAGGGACAGAGAGAGGAGAGACAGGGAGGGUAGGAAGAAACAUGAAAAGGAGAGGUCACGAGAGGGUUCUAUUGAAGAUAGAGAUGAUGAUGAUGAUGUCAAGCUUGACAUGAAAAGCUCAAAAACUAGCAGGCAUGGUGAUGAAAAUGGUGAGAUCAAAACCUGGAAAGAAGAAGAAGAAGAAGAUGUAGAGGAUGAGCAGAAGCAGUUGGAUGAAGAAGUACACAAACGGAGGAGAAGAGUCCAGGAGUGGCAAGAGCUCAAGAGGCACAAGGAGGAAGCUCAAAGUGAAAGUAAGUGUCUUGACGCUGCUGGUAAGGCUUGGACUCUUGAAGGAGAAUCUGAUGAUGAUGACGACAAUGCAGACUCAGAAAUGGAUGAUGUUGAUGGAGAGACUAUACCUGAAAACAGUGGAGAUGCCAAGAUGGUAGACAUGGAGAAUGAGAAUAUUGGAGGUGACAACAUAGCUGCAGAUGAUGAUGACGAUGAUGUUGAUCCUUUAGAUGCUUUUAUGAAUACUAUGGUAUUACCUGAGGUUGAGAAGCUUAGCAAUAUUACUUCGAAGGAAAGUGCUGACCGGGCAAACAAAGGUUUUAAUAAGGCCCUUGGUAGGAUAAUUCAAGGUGAAGAUUCUGAUUCUGAUUCUGAUUAUUCAGAACCAAUGAAUCAUCAUAAUGAUCCAAGUUUAGACGAAGACGAUGAGGAGUUCAUGAAGAGAGUUAAGAAGACUAAAGCAGAGAAAUUGUCUCUUGUUGACCACUCCAAAAUAGAGUAUGAACCUUUCCGGAAGAACUUCUAUAUCGAAGUCAAGGAUAUCUCUAGGAUGACACAGGAUGUAGUUAAUGCUUAUACAAGGGACUUGGAGCUAAAAGUACAUGGGAAAGGUGUACCAAGACCCAUCAAAUCUUGGUACCAGACUGGACUAACCAGUAAAAUCUUGGAUACGUUGAAGAAACUUAACUAUGAAAAGCCAAUGCCUAUCCAAGCACAAGCACUCCCAAUCAUCAUGAGCGGACGAGACUGCAUUGGGGUUGCAAAAACCGGUUCAGGUAAAACCCUUGGCUUUGUUCUGCCAAUGUUGAGGCAUAUCAAAGACCAGUUUCCCGUUGAAGCUGGUGAUGGGCCGAUUGGGCUUGUAAUGGCACCAACUAGAGAACUUGUUCAGCAGAUUCACAGCGAUAUCAAAAAGUUUGCCAAGGCAUUGGGUAUAAGAUGUGUGGCUGUGUAUGGAGGAUCAGGAGUUGCCCAGCAAAUCAAUGAUCUUAAGCGAGGUACCGAGAUUGUUGUUUGUACUCCUGGCAGAAUGAUCGAUAUUCUUUGUACAAGCAGUGGAAAAAUCACCAAUCUGCGAAGGGUCACAUUUUUGGUAAUGGAUGAAGCUGACCGUAUGUUUGACAUGGGUUUUGAGCCUCAAAUUACUCGUAUUGUACAAAAUAUUCGACAUGAUCGUCAAACUGUGCUAUUCUCUGCCACUUUUCCACGCCAGGUUGAAACUUUGGCACGUAAAGUCUUGAACAAUCCUGUGGAAAUACAGGUUGGUGGGAGGAGUGUUGUGAAUAAAGAUAUAACUCAGUUAGUUGAAAUCAGACCGGAGAGUGAGAGGUUCAGAAGACUUUUGGAACUUCUUGGGGAAUGGUAUGAGAAAGGAAAAAUUCUGGUCUUUGUUCGUUCACAGGACAAAUGUGAUGUAUUGUAUAAUGAUUUGAUGACCAAAUAUGGUUAUGCAUGUCUAUCUCUUCACGGGGGUAAGGACCAGGCUGAUCGUGAAUCAGCUAUAUCUGAUUUUAAGAGCACUGUCUGCAAUUUGUUGAUUGCCACAAGUGUUGCAGCCAGGGGUCUAGAUGUGAAAGAGCUUGACUUGGUUGUAAACUUUGAUCCGCCGAACCACUAUGAAGACUACGUGCAUCGUGUUGGCAGGACAGGUAGGGCAGGGCGGAAAGGCUGUGCUGUAACAUUUCUCUCCGAGGAUGAUGCAAAAUAUGCACCAGAUUUAGUCAAGGCCCUGGAACUAUCUGAGCAGCUUGUUCCUGAUGAUGUAAAAGCAGUGGCCGAUGGGUUCAUGGCAAAAGUGAAACAGGGUAUUGAGCAAGCUCAUGGAACUGGCUAUGGUGGCAGUGGCUUUAGAUUCAAUGAAGAGGAGGAGGAAGUCAGGAAAUCAGCAAAGAAAGCACAAGCUAAGGAGUAUGGCUAUGAGGAAGAGAAGUCUGACUCAGAAGAUGAGAAUGAGAAUGAUGUAGUAAGAAAGGCUGGUAGUGAUAUCUCACAGCAACAAGCUAUGCUUUCUCAGAUAGUCGCCAUUGCUGCUGCUGCUGAAGCUACUGUGACAGCUAACCAAUUGCUGCCUAAUGGAGGCGGGCUUGUUACUGUGGCAGGUUUCCCUCCUUGUGAUGGAGCAGGCCGCGUUGCAGCCAUGGCUGCUGCCGCUAACCUGCAACACAACCUUGCAAGGAUUCAAGCUGAUGCGAUGCCUGAACACUAUGAAGCAGAAUCAGAAAUCAAUGAUUUCCCACAAAAUGCUCGGUGGAGAGUCACCCACAAAGAAACGCUUGGUCCAAUAUCAGAGUGGAGUGGAGCCGCCAUUACCGUUAGAGGUCAGUAUUAUGAGUCAGGAAGUAUGCCCGGACCUGGGCAACGCAAGCUUUAUCUGUUCGUUGAAGGGCCUACCGAAAUAUCUGUUUAGACAGCAAAAGCUGAACUCAAGCGUGUUCUUGAAGACGUAACUAAUCAAGCCUUCUCUCUCCCUGGAGGAACACAAGCCAGAAGAUACUCUGUCCUAUAAAACCAUGAGGUUUGUGAUUCUAAGAUUUUUAACUUACUCAGAUAACAAGUAAUUAUUUAUUGCUUUAUUGGAAUACAAUCUCUGCAAAAUUGCAGAAUCUUUUUAUAGACAUGACUUGGUGUGACAACAAACAUCAAUUUGAUUUGAUUGGGGUGGUUUCCUUCAUUACCUUCGUUCUCUUUUAAUUAAACAGAACUCUGAAUGAAACACCUAAUAGAGAAAGCUGUCAAGUUUAAAACAAACAGAGUUACCGCUAUGUACUUAACACUGAUCUUGAACCAUUACAGUCAGUCCUAAGACUUAUCCUUGACACCCGCUUAGUGAAAA